AUGUUGCAGCAGGGACACCUCAAAGAGCUGCUGAGCGACAAAGGGAGAAACAACUUCGCCAGGGGAUGUGAAUGCCAAGGCCCGCCGAAGCCACUAUUACCAGCUCGCACCAUUAACAUGAUCAUCGGCGGUAGUAACGACGCCUCCAUCAACGACGUUAAAUUCACUGCCACUCACAAGCUCAAAAGAUCCAUCACCCACGAACGGUAUGACGAACUCGAAGAAAGUAUCAUUUUCGACGAGUCAGAUGCCGACAGUUUGACUUUCCCUCACAAUGAUGCUCUCGUCAUUACUUUGUGCAUUUUAGAUACUGAUAUCAAACGUAUCAUGGUGGACGAUGGGUGUGGAGUGUGCAUUAUCCAUCCCCGAGUCAUCGCCCAGAUGAGACUCGUGGACAAGAUAGUGUUGCUCUGCAUCACACUAGCCGGUUUUAAUAAUGCAGUUGAACGGAUAUCGGGAGAAAUUACACUCCCUAUCUUGGCUGGCGACAUAACGUUGGAGACGACAUUCCACAUCAUGGACCAGGCCACUGCAUAUAAUGCCAUAUUAGGACGACCAUGGACACAUCCUGUGAGGGUCGUCCCCUCCAACUUAUUCUAA